AACCCGAAUUCGGAAAAGUAACCCACAAAAAGAGAAGUAUAUAUAGAAAUAUAAAAGCUGUAAGUAAUUUCAAUAAAGGAAAAGAGGCAAAGGCGAAUUCUUGAAGAAUUAGCUUUGCUAAUGAGAGCUGAUUCUAUAGCAUCAUCUAUAAAGCGUCAGAGAUUCACAACCGUUAAUCCAAUGGAGUUGGAAUCAGCUAAGGUGAAGCUUGCAGCUGCAAAAGAAAAGUUUGGACGUGAAAUCCGCGUAUUUGAAACAGCACCAGCUUCUUCAACGGCUUCUGAUAUUUCCAGCAACGUGUCAGAGGAGCCAGAAGACUUCUAUGAGUUCACACCGGAGGAUUAUUAUAGACUUUUGGGAACAAAAAAAGAAGAAAAGCACUUGAAGACAAAGAAGAUUCGCGAGGAAGAAGAAGCUGCACGCAAAGCAAGGAUAACAGCAAGGAUAACUAAGGCAGUAAUCAGAGUACGCUUUCCGGAUAAUUACACAUUGGAGGCCACAUUUCACCCAUCAGAGACGAUCCAGAGCUUACUUGACCUUCUUAUGAAAGUGAUCACUCAUCCGGAACUGCCUUUCUAUAUCUAUACUACUCCUCCUAAGAAGCAAAUAAAAGAUGCAUCUCAGGAUUUCUAUUCUGCUGGAUUUAUUCCUGGUGCUAUUGUCUAUUUCUCUUACAAUCUACCCAAAGUGUACAGGAAUAAUGAAACAGGAGAAGUUUUGUUGAUCAGUAAUAAUGGGAGGUUGGAGUUGUUAGAUGUAGAUGGUUUUCGGUUGGGUGACAGUGAAGGUGAUGACGGCGCUGCAGCAUCUGGGCCCUACCUUCAAGAAGAGGUCAUGUCUCUGCUAGGAUUGGAUACUAUGAUAGAGAAGGAGGAACCUGGUGAACCUAGCAGAGAUGAACCUCCAAAAAGCGACCCCCCUGCUUCAGUACCAGAUCAAAAGCCUGCUGCUGAUAAGAAGAAAAUUAAGCCAAAGUGGUUGAAAUUGUAAUAUGGUUCAUUUCAGGGUUAUGAUCAUAGUCUACUCUAAUCAAGUGUUAUCUGUAAUCCCGCUGGUUCUGUAAUCAGUUGUCACUAGAAGCUAAGACGUAUGUACAUGGUCCUCUUUGCUUCAAAUAGAUAAUCACUUUCUGGAGUUGUAUGGAGUUGUAUGCCAAAAGAGGAGGUUGGAACUUGGAAAUAUGUUGUUCCUCAUUCAAACAUAGAUUGAAAAUGAACUUCAGACAUUUCUUUGCUUGAUCUGUCGAUAAACAAAUGUAAGGUAUUACAAUGUAUAAGUAAAUUUGAGCUUCGGCUCCAGGUCUUGCUUCA